GGACGAACCUCUGAUUUUUCGAUGGGGCUCAACAGCGCCACCCACAGCACCUGGGAUGUUAACACUCCCACAGCCAGCCUUGGAUGGAAGACUGUUGACUGCUUUCCCUGUGAAUAUUCUUCCUCCGGUCCUGCCUUUUCAAAGCAUGAAACCCAGCCAGUUGCAGGUGGUGAUGAAUUGGAGAUGAAGAACGAGGGAGACCACAACGAAAUCCACACAGUGGAGGAGCCAUAUCAGGAUUCAGACUGUGGAGAGGGCUUCAGUCAGAGCUCCCAUUCCACUUCCCAUCAAAUAAAUCCCCUUGAGAAGAAACCCCAUCAGUGCUUGGAAUGUGGAAAGAGCUUUCGUCACCGAGGCCAGCUUACUGUUCAUCAACUUAUUCAUACAGGGGAGAAACCCUAUAAAUGUUUGGAAUGUGGAAAGAGCUUCAAUAAGAGCAGCAAUCUCACUUCCCAUCAAAGAAUUCAUACAGGAGAGAAACCCUAUCAGUGCUUGGAGUGUGGAAAGAGCUUCAGUCACAGCCACCAACUAAGUGUCCAUCAAAAUAUUCAUACAGGGGAGAAGCCAUAUCAGUGCUUGGAAUGUGAUAAGACAUUCACUCAGAGCUCCCAGCUCAGGACUCAUCAAAGAAUUCAUACAGGGGAGAAACCCUAUCAGUGCGUGGAAUGUGGAAAGAGGUUCCGUCAGAGAUACAAGGUCACUGUCCAUCAGAGAAUUCAUACAAUGGAAAAACCUUAUCAGUGCCAAGAUUGUGGGCAGAGCUUCAGAAAAAAGGACAGAUUAACUUCCCACCAAAGAAUUCAUACAGGGGAGAAACCAUACCAGUGCCAAGAGUGUGGAAAGAGCUUCAGAACAAAGGAGAGUUUAACUUCCCACCAAAGAAUUCAUACAGGGGAGAAACCUUAUCAGUGCUUGGAAUGUGGAAAGAGCUUCAGUCAAAAGAACAGUUUAACUUCCCACCAAAGAAUUCAUACAGGGGAGAAACCUUAUCAGUGCUGGGAGUGUGGAAAGAGCUUCAUUCUAAAAGGCCAACUUAUGUCCCAUCAAAUAAUUCAUACAACAGAGAAACCCUAUCAGUGCCAAGAAUGUGACAAGAGCUUCAGUCGAAGAGAGUGUUUCACUUCCCAUCAGAGAAUUCAUACAGGGGAGAAACCCUAUAAAUGUUUGGAAUGUGGAAAGAGAUUCACCCAGAGCGCCAGUCUCACAACCCAUCAAAGAAUUCAUACAGGGGAAAAACACUUUCAGUGCUUGGAAUGUGGAAAGAGCUUCAUUGACAGACGCAAUCUUACUUUCCAUCAGAGAAUUCAUACAGGGGAGAAACCCUAUAAAUGUUUGGAAUGUGGAAAGAGCUUCAUUCAGAGACGCAAUCUUACUGUCCAUCAGAGAAUUCAUACAGGAGAGAAACCCUAUCAGUGCUUGGAAUGUGGAAAAAGCUUCAAUGAGAGGUCCAAGCUCACUUCCCAUCAAAGAAUUCAUACAGGGGAGAAACCUUAUCAUUGCUUGGAAUGUGGAAAGAGCUUCAUUCACAAAGGCGAGUUCAUGGCCCAUCAAAGAAUUCAUACAGGAGAGAAACCUUAUCAGUGCUUGGAAUGUGGAAAGAGCUUCAUUCACAGACACCAGCUUACUGUCCAUCAAAUAAUUCACACAGGGCAGAAACCCCAUCAGUGCUUGGAAUGUGGAAAGAGCUUCAUAGACAAAGGCCAGCUCACUGUCCAUCAAAGAAUUCAUACAGGGGAGAAGCCAUAUCAGUGCUUGGAAUGUGGAAAGAGCUUCAUCCAGGGCACCAGUCUCACAACCCAUCACAGAAUUCAUACAGGGGAGAAACCCUAUAAAUGUUUGGAAUGUGGAAGCAGCUUCAAUAGGAGCAGCAAACUCACUUCCCAUCAAAGAAUUCAUACAAGGGAGUAACCUUAUCAGUGCUAGUUACAGAUAGGUAGCCGUGUUGGUCUGCCAUAGUCAAAAC